UGCUCCUCUGGACUUUCUUCAUUGACAGUCUCGGCCUGCCACACACGCCAGCACUCAUUCAUUUCGAAAAGGUUGCCGUCACCGGACACAUCGGCAAAAUCUGUGGUCGGGUCCAAGCAGGCCGUGGAGGCGUGGAAAAUUUUUAAGCUGGUGAAAAGUGGAAAGUUUUGGUUUGGGGAAAAGUGAAAAUUUCCCGUUUUUCUUUGCUGACGAAGAAGAAAAAGCACAUUUCUGGGCGAAAUGGGGAUUAAAUUUCUGGAGAUUAUCAAACCGUUCUGCAGUAUCCUGCCGGAGAUUGCGAAACCGGAGCGGAAGAUCCAGUUCCGGGAGAAGGUGCUAUGGACGGCCAUCACGUUGUUCAUUUUCCUGGUAUGCUGCCAGAUCCCGUUGUUCGGAAUCAUGAGCUCGGAUUCGGCGGAUCCGUUUUACUGGAUUCGUGUCAUUUUGGCGUCCAAUCGAGGAACGUUGAUGGAACUGGGUAUUUCUCCGAUUGUGACUUCCGGCCUGAUUAUGCAGCUGUUGGCUGGAGCUAAGAUUAUUGAGGUUGGUGACACCCCGAAGGAUCGUGCCCUGUUCAACGGAGCGCAGAAACUGUUCGGAAUGGUCAUUACGAUUGGCCAGGCCAUUGUCUACGUCAUGACCGGAAUGUAUGGCGAUCCGGCGGAGAUUGGUGCCGGCGUGUGUCUCCUGAUCAUCAUCCAGCUGUUUGUGGCCGGAUUGAUUGUGCUGCUGCUCGACGAACUGCUCCAGAAGGGUUACGGCCUUGGGUCCGGAAUCUCGCUCUUUAUCGCCACCAACAUCUGCGAAACCAUCGUGUGGAAGGCGUUCUCGCCGGCCACCGUCAACACCGGACGCGGAACCGAGUUCGAGGGAGCCGUGAUUGCGCUGUUCCACCUGUUGGCCACCCGCCAGGAUAAGGUCCGCGGUCUGCGCGAGGCCUUCUACCGCCAGAACCUGCCCAACCUGAUGAACCUGCUCGCGACCGUGCUCGUCUUUGCGGUGGUCAUAUACUUCCAGGGCUUCCGAGUGGACCUACCGAUCAAGUCGGCCCGCUACCGCGGCCAGUACAGCAGCUACCCGAUCAAGCUCUUCUACACCAGCAACAUCCCGAUCAUCCUGCAGUCCGCCCUGGUCUCCAACCUUUACGUCAUUUCUCAGAUGUUGGCGGUCAAAUUCCACGGCAACUUCAUCGUCAACCUGCUCGGAACCUGGGCCGACGUCAGCGGCGGUGGCCCCGCCCGCGCCUACCCCAUCGGCGGCCUCUGCUACUACCUGUCCCCACCCGAAUCCCUCUCCCACAUCGCCACCGAUCCGAUCCACGCCCUGCUCUACAUCUGCUUCAUGCUCGGCUCGUGCGCCUUCUUCUCCAAGACCUGGAUCGACGUGUCCGGCAGCUCCGCCAAGGACGUCGCCAAGCAGCUCAAGGAGCAGCAGAUGAUCAUGCGCGGCCACCGCGAAAACUCCAUGAUCCACGAGCUCAACCGGUACAUCCCGACGGCGGCCGCCUUCGGAGGCCUCUGCAUCGGCGCCCUCUCCGUCAUCGCCGACUUUAUGGGCGCGAUCGGGUCCGGCACCGGUAUCCUGCUCGCCGUCACCAUCAUCUACCAGUACUUUGAGAUCUUCGUCAAGGAGCAGAGCGAAAUGGGCGGCAUGGGAACGCUUCUCUUCUAAGUUUUCACCCUCCCAGUUUUUCAUCGCUUCAAGAAUGUGUGCAUUUUUUAAUUGCAGCUAGGCGAAGUUUUUCAUACAGUAAUUUAUUAUAUUUCUGUUUAAAGAGAAAGCGCGAGCGAUAGUGUGUGCAAAACAAUUAUAACAUUAAAAACAAA